UCACACACACAAAUAAACAAUCAGAAAACACCGCUGAAAAUAUUAAAAAUUUAAUUUUAAUCAAUUUCCAGUAAUAAUUAAGGUAUUUCAGCAUGAAAUUAGUAAGAUUUUUGAUGAAAUUAAGUCAUGAGACGGUUACGAUAGAGCUGAAAAAUGGUACACAAGUCCACGGAACUGUCACUGGAGUUGAUGUUGCCAUGAAUACACACCUCAAAGCUGUCAAAAUGACGAUCAAAAACAGAAAUCCAGUACAGUUGGAAUCGCUUAGCAUCCGAGGAAACAACAUCCGAUACUUUAUUCUUCCAGAUUCUUUGCCUCUUGAAACAAUGCUUAUUGAUGAAGCACCAAAGUCCAAGAAUAAGAAAAAGGACACAAAAAUGGGAACCCGGGGAAGAGGACAGUCAAGAGGUCGUGGUGGACCACGUGGACGAGGUGGACCAAGAGGAAGAGGAAAGCGCUAAGUGAAAGCUUAAUUAAACUAUCAAAAUGCAUUUUCAGCAUACAUUAUGAUUUUAAGGAUUUGUCUCUUUCUAACGAAUAUUCUGUAUUCAAAUACUGGAAUGUCCAAAUAAAAACCACAUAAUUUUCACAACA